UGCAUUGGAAGAGAAAAGGGCAUCUUAUCACCCUUGCACUGGAAAGAAAGAAGGUUUGGGGUAUCAGUAUCAGUAUCAGCCUCCUCUCUCUAGCUGCUUGCAUUCUGUCAAGGGAAACAACAGGGAAACAAGAGAGAUGAUGUUGAAACAACUAGAUCCUUCAGUUUAGCAUCUUCUAAUGUCAAACUCUUAAGGGUGUUGCAUGUGGACAAGUCAAUGUUGCAUGGCAUAUGUUUCUUCGCAAGAUACCAAAUAUAUUUAAAGACUUGGGGCAUGAACAUUCAGUCCAGAGCAGUUGUGCUGAGGAGACCAAUGAUUUGAUGGAUAAUUGGUUCAGGCAAUUGUGAGAUAUAAUCUACUCCGUCAACUGUUUGUUCCAUGCUCUAGGUAUAUAUCCUGAUUCCUUUUCCUUCCAGGCCAAGCAAUCCCAUAAUGAUGUUUAAAUGAUGGUUCCUUCAACACUGGUUCUCUUGACAUUUGAUCAGCAUAUUCUGUUUCUCUCAGUCACCAUGAUGGAAUUAUUCUUUUCUAUUUUGCCAGAUGGUUUCUUCUGCAGAUGUUUCUGUAGAUGGAUUCCCUUCAAAUCAAUUUUGAUCCACCAUUUAGGAAUCUAUGCAUUUUGUCAUACUUUGCACCAAGGGGUUUCUUCCCCACCAAUUGGGACGCUAAUGGAUUUGAAGGAACCAAAAUUAAACAAAGUAAGAACAAGUGGAUACAAGAAGGAAUGCACAAAUAAAUUUCAAUUGACUAAAAGCCCGAAAUAAGGGAAUACUUCUACAGGGAUGGAUCCUGAAGUUACCAUUGAACUUCACAAAUUAUUACAGCUGCCUGAGAACCAAUUUCCAGCAUUUAAACCAAAAUGCCCAUGAUCAAAACUUCCAGAACUAGGAAAAUUGAAGUUCAAGUGCAGAUUAGUUCUACAAUAAAACUGAAGUCACUUUGCUAAAUUCUGUUUUUCUAACAUGUCAUCUGCAUGAAAAUUGUAUGUUUAUGUAAUUGAGAAUUUUCAGAUUGCAAUUUGAAUUCCAUUAAAACUGAUGAACGAGACAUGACUUUCUAUUGAGAUUGAUGAAUGACUAACAAAACUAUUUUUUAAUCGAAACAAGAAGAAGAAAAUGAAAGGGUUCUUGAUGAAAAAAAAAUUCAUCAGCCUUAAGAAACCAAGGAAAAAAAAUAAUAAUAAUAAAGGACUUUUGCAGCUUUGUCACAAUAUUGAAACCGGUCGGCAAUUAAAAAAAAGUCAUUUCCAGAUAUAGGCUAUUUUUGGCACAUGACUUUUGAGCGUUGGCCUUUCCAUGUUUUCCAUUUUGCCACGUUUUCCAACACGUGUGUCCACUUGGUAAUGGCAAGGUAUUUUUGAGGUCCCCCUUAGAAUUUAGGCCAAUUCCUCUUUCCUUUUCUAAAAUGUUUAUCUUUGAGUGUAAUUUUGCAUUAACAUCUAUCUUUAAUGUAUAAUAAUUCCCCUGAAAUAGGACAUAUCUUAUCUCAAAUUAUCCCCCACUUUCAAGCGUGGAAAAAAAAAACCUAUUAUUCAUGCCGUAGCCGCAUAGGUUUCGUAAUGUACUUUCUUUUCCGUCCAUGAUUUGAAGGGUUGACUGGAAUUUCAGCCACCAACAUGUCAGAAAUAGUUAAGUUAAUUCAGCACGUGAAUAGCAGUGGAGUGUAAUAGGUACAGACAGCUAGCUAGUCACCUACUGCUUAGUAGUCCAUAAAAACAGUGUUGAAUGCCAAGGAUUUCCAGAAACCCAACUUUCUUUUCCCUACAGAUUAUCUUCUUUGUCCUUAAAGUUCAAGCUUUAAGCUUGUUGUCAUAGAAAAACAAGCAUGAGUUUCUCCAAGUUCGUCUCUUCGGUUUUGAUAUUGCAUCUGCUUAAUCCAGCAGUUGUUUUGUCAUCUUCUUCUUUGGGCUCAUCAAAUGGGUUGUCUGAAAUCCCCAAGAAGUUUCUUGAUUUUGCUAAAAGACAGGAGCUUUUUGAUUGGAUGGUGGGCAUUAGGAGGAAGAUACAUGAGAAUCCUGAAUUGGGAUAUGAGGAAUUUGAGACUAGUAAGCUGAUCAGACAAGAAUUGGAUAAACUGGGUAUUCCUUAUAAAUACCCAGUUUCAGUUACUGGUGUUGUUGGCUUUGUUGGGACUGGUAAACCUCCUUUUGUUGCAAUAAGGGCAGAUAUGGAUGCUCUUUCCAUGCAGGAAAUGGUUGAGUGGGAGCACAAGAGUAAACAUCCAGGGAAGAUGCAUGCCUGCGGACAUGAUGCUCAUGUUUCAAUGCUUCUUGCUGCUGCAAAAAUACUAAAAGAGCAUGUUGAAGAGUUAAAGGGUACUGUUGUUCUUGUUUUCCAACCAGCUGAGGAAGGAGGUGGUGGGGCAAAGAAGAUGCUAGAUGCAGGUGUGUUAGAGAAUGUUGAUGCAAUCUUUGGGCUGCAUGUUGCACCUAAUCUACCUAUUGGUACAGUGGCCUCUAGGCCCGGUCCUCUAUUGGCUGGAAGUGGCUUCUUCGACGCCAUAAUAAGCGGAAAAGGAGGCCAUGCAGCCAUUCCUCAGCAUUCAAUAGACCCAAUUUUGGCUGCUUCUAAUGUUAUUGUUAGUCUACAACAUCUUGUUUCACGUGAAGCUGAUCCACUGGAUUCCCGGGUGGUGACAGUUGCAAAAUUUCAAGGAGGUGGUGCUUUCAAUGUCAUUCCAGAUUCAGUUACAAUUGGUGGAACCUUUCGAGCAUUUUCAAAAGAAAGUUUAACACAACUUAAGCAGCGAAUUGAGGAGGUUAUCAAAGGGCAAGCUGCUGUGCAAAGAUGCAGUGCAACUGUUGAUUUCUACAAAAAUGAUAAAUCGGUACCACUUUUCCCUCCGACCAUAAACGAUAAGAACUUGCACGAGCACUUCCACAAUGUUGUAGGGGAUAUGCUUGGCACUGAAAAAAUUAAAGACAUGCAACCAUUGAUGGGAUCUGAGGAUUUUGCAUUUUACCAAGAGGCAAUUCCUGGCUAUUUCUUCAUGCUUGGAAUGCAAGAUGAGACCCGUCCGCUGCUCAAAUCUGUUCAUUCACCCUACUUUAUGAUCAAUGAAGAUGUUCUUCCUUAUGGUGCUGCACUUCAGGCAUCAUUGGCUGCUAGGUAUCUCCUUGUUGCAGCAGAGCCAAAAUUUCAUUCACCAAAGGAAAAUGUACAUGAUGAACUGUGAAGAUUCUUGAUCGUCCUCACUGGGGUUGACACUUAAUGCUGCUGCUGUAAAAACAAUCUUAUUUUGGUUGAACACAUCAAACAAAUGCUUCAAGUUCAUCAAUAUCAGUGUCCCAAAUAACAAUUUACAAUGUCCUUUAAUUAUUUGUUCGUUCUUCCCCCCUAGUUUUGGAGAUAUAAAACUUAGAAAGAUGUUAAAAAUUUAUAAAAAAAUGUAUGAUCCUAUAUUCAGUCAAUUGUAAUCUGAUAAAUUCAAUAAAAUCAUGCCAUAUCAGUUAAGGAUCUAAAAAUCUAUACA